UUAGAAAGUAUCAGUUCUUCGGUGCUUAUGGUCCAGCUCUCACAUCCAUACAUGACUGCAGGAAAAACCAUAGCUUUGACUAGACAGACUUUUGUCAGCUCCUCAUGCUGUUUCCUGGCCAGGCAUGUCUCUGUCCCCAUUGUCCCUUAUUAUAACCUCAAGUAAUACCAGAGAAGUUUCCGAAAUAAAACAACAAAUUUAACCCUUCACACAUAACUAUGGUGAAUCUGGAUGUAGAAAGAACUCUAUGUAACCAAAAAGUGUUGGGAAUUAGAAUAUGCAGAGGUUAUCAGAAACAGCGAGGACAUUGCCUUCUAGGUCCUGUAGCAUCCCAGGCCCGCAGGGUUUUUCUGACCUCAGCUCUUAGCAGACCCCAGGUUCUCAUAGCCUUGACAAUGGUCUCACUGUAUAGAUAUGCAGUCUUUGUUUAUGCUGGGUCGCCCUGCCUGGAGUGCCUGCUCACUUCUCUGCUUACUAAAAGCUUUCUCAUUCAGGAGACAUUUAUUGAGCAUCUACUCUGUGCCAGCUUUGGGGCCAGGCCCUGGGGAGACAAAGAUGAGUGAGGCAAGGUCCCUCCUCUGCCAGGAACUCAGUGCCUUAAUUGGGGCAAUGUGUAAACAGAUCUUUCCACAUAGGAUCGUAAGUGCAACCUUAAGAGAUGCACAGGGAGCUCAAAGAGAGGUGUUUCUAAUUCACCAAGCUCUCAGGUAUACAGUGCUUCCUUCUUGGUGCUGUCUCCUCAGUACUUUGUUCACUGUCCUCAGAGUGGUUUGUCUUAUGUGUGUCCAGCUCUCCAGCUAGCUCCUUGAAGGCAUAUAAACAAGACUAGCCUGUAAUUCAUUCUUGUGUAUCCCCUAGUGCCUGUCACAGUGUUUUUCACAUUUUAGAUUUAUUUAUACCCUCUCUUGUUCCAGAAAGGAUUUGGAACAAAGUGGCUCAUAAAGAUACUUCCAGUACUAUGUGAUAUGAUAUAAAACAGUUGAAGAAUUUGGGGUUGAAAUAAGCAUGGGAGGAGGAAAGGGUAAAAUGGGAGGUGAGGUUAGUAACUACAAGACAUGUCAGAAGAUCCUGCUGUCUGCUGGAGAAGAUCCAUCGCUUUGGUUCUCAGCUCCUUAGGGGCUAAUGUGAAGAGGGAAAGAAUCAUAUCUAUGGUUCAUGGAAUGGAUAUAAAGUGGGAAUUUUUUUAAAACUUGUAAUGACACUCAGAAAUCUAGAAACUUCUCUUCUGAGACCUCACUGCAACGACACUGUGUAGCAUUAUGCAAUAAUCUCUAUAUUAAUUAGCCUAAUGAUUUUCAUAGAGCUGUUCCUGAGAAUGUUCAGGUAUAGUUUGGCCCCUUCUGCAGAAAGCCACCUCGCAAAAAAUCAGCUACCCAUCUAAUCAGCCAGGAAUCUUCCUUCAAUUAGUUUUCCUGUAAAGCAGUUUUCCUUAAUCUUUAAAAACUCAUGGUUUGUUUUUUUUUUAAUCAAAUCAUGUGGCAUGCAGGAUCUUCCUGAUCAGGGAUUGAACCUGUACCCUCUGCACUGGAACUGCAGAGUUUUAACCACUAGACUGCCAGGGAAGUCCUUAUAAACUCAUGGUCUUUUUUUAAGAAACAAAAAUUUCAUACCUCCUCUCCAUUCUGAUAAACCUCUUUUCAGGUCUGUUAUAUCCAGCCUCUUAUCCUUACCAGCCAAGAACAUGUUAUCUUGCUUCUUCUUAAGUUUGUACUAUAAAAACAGUAGUUACUCAUCUGUCAUAUACAGUUAUAUUCAAGGCAACUUUCAAAUUAUAGAUCCUUGUUCUGUUAAUUUUAGGAGUUUCUGGAAUGCCACCUACUCUCCAUCAAGAAUCAUUUCUGUAAAGCCCUUAUUUUAACUGGCCAGUUUAUUUAGAUGGCUAAGCUGGUUCUAACCCAGGUCUUCUGCACUGCAGGCGGAUUCUUUACCAUUUGAGCCAAAUCUGGAACCCUUUCAAGCUGGUUUCCAGCUUUCAUUCAAGGAAUCGAGUUAAAAUAAUUUAUACUCAGGACUUUGGGCAGGCAAGUAAGGAAAUCUGCUCGCAUGAUGCUUUGCUGAGGGUUGUCAGCUUGACAACUUAUUUAAGCAAGAAGAGAGAAUGCCAUAUAGAACAUGUUCCUUGGAAUUGGUCAAAAGUUGAGGCAGGUAUGCUAGCAUUUGUUUAUCAAACAAGUGACGAUGUAAUAGGCAUUUUGCGGACUGACUGUUGUGUCAAUGCCGUGGCCUCACCCGCUACCCAGGGAGGCUUUUCCCCCUGUAAUGGGCUUCAGAUGUAAGGCAGGCUUUGCUUUUCCUAGGAUCCAGCUAAUAAUAGUGAGUACUCCAAAUUCUCCAGUGCUUGGCCAAGUGCUUUUGAAUUUAUAACAUUUUUUUUUUCUCCUUUAGUCCUCAAAAUAAACUCCAUUUUACAAAAGAGAAACUGGAGGUGAAGAGAUUUGCCCAGGAUCUCCAGACCUGUGGGUGGCAGAGCCAGAACUUGAAUUCUGGUUAUGUUUACCAGGCCACAAUGUCAUAACCCAGUUAUUCUACCUUUAUAAACUCUCAUGAGAUUCAUUUAUCUGGAAUAAGCCCCACAAUCACAAGGCCCUUGGGUGUUCUUUCAUAGAAGCCCUAGGUUGUUCUUCCAUGGAUUUCCUCAGUAAAUCGCCUAGAAAUAGUGAAAUUCUCAGGUAAACUUCCAAGUAUUUAAACCUCUUUGGAGUUAAAAGAGUAUUUAUUUCAGUUACUGAAAUGCCCCCUGAAGUACCUAUUACACCCAAAUCAUCUUAUGAACACGGGUCCUGGGGCUUCUCACUUGGUUAGGGUUGUGGUAACUUUCCUGAGCAUUUGUGCCAUUUAGCUGAGCAGCAGCUGCUUAGCUUUCUUAGCCAUUCUUGGCAUUCUCAUCACUUUCUCAUUACAUGUAUCUUCUCUAUUUUGUUUUUGAAUAUUGUCUUGAAAAAUUGUUGUAUUUUGGCAAUUUCAGUUCCUGAAAUAGUUCCUUUUUAAUGGUUAAUAUUUUGAUAUUCUAGCUAGUUCCUAUGUGUUCCCUCUGACUUUGUGAAAUUGUAUCAAAUAUCCCUGAUUCUUUUUCUUCCUCUCUUAAAGAUUAUGCAUUUCUCCUGAUUCUACAGCCCCUUGCCCAUUCUGAACCUAAAGAGCAGGACCUGAGAUGUCCCAAGAUGUUUCUCUUUCUCUCCACAACCCAUGCAUAUGGGAUCUGUGCUCAGAGAUUUGCCAGAAGACUGAUUUUACACCAUCUUAUUCUGAGCAUCUCUGUUUGUCACCCUUCCUUUUUCUCUAGGCUCAUUUAUGUCUCAUUUAAAUUUCUGCUUUUUAUUUUCUCUUUUGUCCUCUGUACCUUUCAUGUGUUUGAAGUCCACACUCAGGAUUUCUCUGUUUGUUUAGCUUCUGUGCAACUAACUUGUGUUUACUUGAGUUAACUCAUCUAUAAAAUGGACAUAGUACUAGCCUUUACUGCAUCAGAGUAGUGUUGGUGAUCAAAGGAGUGUGCAUGUAAGUGCUUUGGAAAACAAUAACAAAAAAAGAUUUGGCUGUGAAAAGAUGUUAUUUGUAAUUGAUUCUAAUUUAAUGAAACGUAGCAAUCAAUACUAUAUAUGUUCUUUAUUUUAAGCAAUCUUUGAUUAAAAGCAUGAUGCAGUCUAAAUAUUUGGUUGGUGUUGGUUAUCAGAGGAUUUGCCAUAUAUCUUUCACCCCUUAUUCAUCUUUUGGGUGUCCUUUGAAUCUUCUCUGCAUUGUCUGAAAUCUCAGAGGGUCAGAGUGAGCUCUGAAGAGCUUCCCCUGGCAGUUCCAUGUGAUUCACUGUCUGUCUUCCCCCAGGGAGAGAGGACUUAGGAACAGGUAGUGUGCAGUUGAGGUCCUCACUUUAAACUCAGCCCAGCACUACUCCCUGAGGGAUCUGACGUGGAAGUGCUGUCUUGGGCAAGCCCCCUCUCUGCUGCACAUUCCUGGGAUACAGUGGCUUAUAGCUGGCUGUGGAGCUGCUGCCCUGCUUCUUUCUCUGAGGUCCUUGGAAGCCCCUCUUUUCCUGUGCUCAUCUGAUAGAUGAAAUAAUCCCCAGGGACAUCGGGGAUCAUUCUCGCAGGUGUGGUUGGAGCUGUGAACACAGGCUAUGUCAGAGGAGGUUUGCCUAACUAUAAAUGAACCUGUCAGAGCAGAACCAAGGUGCCAAGGUCACCUGUAGAAGAGAGGUGAAACUCCGUCAGUCAGUGCCUGCUCCCUCGCCCCCUUUAGAAAUCCACACCAACCUGCUCUUUAACAGGAUGGUGCAGUGGGAGUGGGCGUGGCUCAGAGAAAGCAGCAUCGGUUCCCGGUGGCUCUGGGGGCCUGAAGGAGUGCUCUGAACAGACCUGAAGUCUUGAUUCCAGCGUGACGUCUGGGCAAGUUUCCAGUCCGAGCCUGCUUGCAGCUAUAAAAUGAGGAGAGAUAAACCUGCCAAAUAAGAUUCCUUCAAGCAUCUAAGUGAGGCAGCACUCAAUACCACCUCCUAACUUCUAUGACUGAGGACCAGAGAAGACAGGAUGGGUGUGUGAUGCAAGCAGAGGGAGGGGGUCGAAAAGGGAACGAUUAUAAUGGGAAGGUGAUGAGAGCUAUAUCUGUACACUAUGGCUUAAGCAGUGACAAGAAUACAGAGAGGUGUAAAUGCCAGGGUGGGAGAUGAGAAGCAGGGAGAGUGGGAAGAAAGCCUGGGCCGGAAACCGAGUGUCCUUGUCUUGCCUGUCAUGCUUUCUGGUAGCUCAGCAUGACAAUCAGCUUCUUGUACACACUUUCCCUUUUAAGAUGGUGAUCCACAGAGCCUUGCUGAGCUAGACAUGGCAAGAGUAAUAAUAGCAGGUACCAUUAUUGAGCCAGUCUGGGGAGUAGGUUCUCUCACAGCCACACUGCAGUGUUUCUGAGAAGAGUCCAGAGCCCAGGGGUUGGUUGGUAUCCUGCGCCUCUCUCAUUGACUGCUUUUGUACUCUGUCUCUCCAAUGAGAUGGUCAGCUACGGUGGAAGCAGAUGGUUAUCUUUUGUCUCCCCUCCUGUCCUUAGCAUGGUGCUCUGAAUGUUGGUGUUUGGUAAACAUUUAAGCAAAAAUAAAUGUAUUAUUCUGGAGCACAGCGUCUUCUCCUGUUCAUUAAAUGUUGCCACUGACCUAAAAGUUCUUUCCAAGACAAGCCUGGACAGCUCCUUGAGAGGAGAGUGCUGACUUUGAGAGUCCUGUAGGACUGCUGCUUCCUGCCACAAAAUAACUGGGCUGAAAAGACGUAAAAUUAUUAAAAAUAGGGCAGCAGGGUUAUUCCCAUUUGACAGUUGAAGAAGGUGAGGGUCAAAGAGAUAACACAGCUUGUAUAUGGACUCCUGGUCCAGUGCUCCUUUCGCUCCCCUGACCCAAAGCUCUGCCUCCUGGCCGACUGAGAAGCCAGGCUCUCACCAUUUGAGUUGGGUUGAGGAGGGCUCCCCUUCCAUCCUUCUGCACUCCCUUCCGGAGCAUGUGCUGUGACUUCUGCUUACCUGGUGAGUGCUGGCUGGGAGAGAGAGGGCAUAAAGAUAGGUGGGUGAGCAGGUCAGAUGCUCCAAGAGGGAGGGGCCGACUGGCAAGCUCCUCUGGCGCCCGGCACUUUGCAGGGCACAGUAACGCCUAUGUUACCCAGGAAGGCAGCGUCCUCGCCCCCUUUUCUACCUUGAAGAAGGACCGAAAGCAGUUGGGAGUGGCGAGGAGGGCCAGGGGAGCCGGCUUUGCCCCCAUCCUCAGCUUGAAGCUGGUGGGCUUGGGCCCGGACACCCUGAGGAAGCCAUGCACACGUCGGGUCAGGAGUGCGGCCGUGGGGGCGGUGAAGGGGGUCCCCGACCCUGGCCCGGGCCGACUCGAGACUCCGAGAGGGCGGGGCCGGGGCGGCCGCGAGCGCGCCGGGGGCGGGCUCCUCGGGGCGGCUCCGCCCCCAGCGGCGCGGGUUUAAAAGGAGGGAAGGCACGCGCCGGCGACCGGAGCCACCGCCAAGUGCACGUAAACCGAGGUGUCGCCCGCGCCCAGCCAUGACCCUGCGGGCAGGGGGCGCUCGGCUGCUCGGCGGCCUCCUGCUCUUCGCUCUGCUCGCGGCCGGCGCCGCCCCGCUCGGCUGGGAUCUCCCGGAGCCCCGCAGCCGGGCCAGCAAGAUCCGAGUGCACCCGCGGGGCAACCUCUGGGCCACCGGUCACUUCAUGGGCAAGAAGAGCCUGGAGCCCCCCAGCCCAUCCCUACUGGGGACAGCUCCUCACACCUCCCUGAGGGACCAGACACCACGGCUGAGUCAUCAUCUGCUCAGGGUCCUCCUGCAAAAGAAAGCUCUGGGCAUGACCCUGAGUGGCCCAGCACCUCACACCCAGCACAGGAGGCUGCUGGUGCAAAUGUUGCAGAAGUGAUGCUAUUAAUCAGGAAGACACGACGACAUGGCUGAGAUUGUGCCCACCCAGGGAAGGUGCUGCAUGGGACCCAUCUGGAUGUAAAUCAUGGGCUCAGACCUCUGUCACUCCACUACUGUGAUUUCUGGUUGGGCUGUCAGGAAUAUUGCCAGUGCAGAUGCAAAUGAUGUCCCUGCCGUAUUUCUUGCUUCCCUGUUGAAGUUGUGAAUAAAAACCCUGCUCUUUACGUAGA